UAGAGCGCCGUACUUUACCAUCCUUAAGUCCGUUCCUCCGAACUAUUCUACGUCAGUACAUAGGUAAGUCAAUAAAGCCACUCCAAAUCUCCAAGCCAAAUCAUCUAUCCUCAUUCAACCCAUCCAAAAUGGCCACCAUGAAAUACACCAACCUCGGCCAGAGUGGCCUCCGAGUCUCCCGCAUUUGCGUCGGUUGCAUGUCCUAUGGAGACCGCAGGGGGCGUUUUAAGUGGUCAAUUGAAGAAGCAGAAGCCCUGCCCCUCUUGCAAACCUGCUUCGAGUCUGGCAUGAACUUCUUCGACACCGCAAAUGGUUAUUCGAACGGCGUCUCCGAAGAGAUCCUCGGAAAAGCCAUCAAGAAAGGCAAUUGGCCCCGUCAUAACAUUGUCAUUGCGACAAAAGUAUGGGCGCCUGUUGGAUUGCGCAAGGCCGAUGUAUUCGAGGACCCAUUGUCAGUUUCCUUCGAUGAAAGGGAGAGGAACGGCUAUAUCAACGCGUUCGGGCUAUCUCGCAAGCACAUCUUCGACAGCGUGGAUGCGAGUCUGAAGAGGCUGGACCUUGACUACAUCGAUCUGCUCCAAAUCCACCGAUUCGACCCUCGCACGCCAAUCAAAGAGACUAUGGAAGCUCUGCACGAUGUGGUAAAGAGUGGGAAGGUCCGGUACAUUGGCGCAAGUACUAUGUACGCUCACGAGCUGCUCGAAAUGCAGUACACAGCUCGUAUCCACGGAUGGACCGAGUUCAUCUCAAUGCAAAAUCUGCACAACGCUGUCUACCGAGAGGAGGAGCGAGAGAUGAUCCCAUCGCUCAAGAAGUUCGGUAUGGGCAUGAUACCAUGGAGCCCCGUGCAUAUGGGGUUCCUCGUGCGACCACACGACAAGUUUGGAGACACUGAAAGAGGCAGUGGUAUGGCUGGAUCAUUCUUGGGUAAACCGAUCACCGAGACGGAUAAGAAGAUCAAUGAACAGAUCCAAGAAAUCGCGAAGAAGAGGGAAACGAGCAUGGCAAUUGUGGCUAUUGCUUGGAGUUUGAGCAAGCCUUACAUGACGGCUCCAAUUCUUGGAAUGAGCAAGGUUGAGAGGAUCAAGGAGGCUGUGGAAGCUGUCAAUUUUGAGCUCUCAAAGGAGGAGAUUGAGAGUAUUGACAAGCUGUACGUUCCGAGAGACGUGCUCGGUUUCUUCUGAUGGAGGAAGAGUCGACGUAAAUGAAGAUAAGACCUUGAAGUUACGAUAGAUUAUUUAAAGCUAGCGUCUAUUAUAUUUCAGGCUGCCUGUUACUUCACCCCACACUUCGAAGCUUCCGUGACAACUUCAACCACACCUCGUUACAUCACUCAAAUGGAUUCCAUGAGCAAACUUCUACCAAAGCUCUCGGUAUCACCGGAGGCUGACGAGUUGGAGUC